GAGACGACCGCCGCUCCGCUCAAUGUCCUCCACUCCCGAUGUCCUCAUUGCGGGCGUAUAUUCCGCGGCCAGAGGUCCUCCUUCUCCCUUCAGGAGCACAUCAAUAGCAUUCAUGCAGUGGUAGUCCCCUCUUCCAAGUCCAAUAUGGCCUCUUCUCCAUCCGCUUCUCAUUCCUCUGACGCUAUGGUCGGCCGAACACAAGACGAUAAGUCGUUUGUCUGUUCCCAAUGUAAGGCAUCGUUUGCACAAAAAGAUGAGUUGGAAAAACAUGAGUUAAUUCAUUCAUCACAGGGACAGUAUUGUCUUCAGUGCAAUAAAAGCUUUGCCAACGUAUACCGUCUACAGCGCCAUAUGCUCAGCCACGACGAGAGCCAAGUCCUCCGCAAAUUCAAAUGUCCCGAAUGUUUCAAAGCAUUCAAAUUCAAGCAUCACCUGAAAGAGCACAUCCGAAUCCAUAGCGGAGAGAAGCCCUUCGCGUGUCCCAACUGUGCCAAACGCUUCUCACAUUCGGGAUCCUAUUCCUCGCACAUGACAAGCAAGAAGUGCCUCGUUGUCAACUUGAAAGUGAGAAAAGUGGACCAAAUUCGUGGUCAAAGGAAUCGAAGCAAUCAUUUGACCACAAAUGGUGUGACGGCUAACGGUGUUUCCCCUCCAAUGACUAAAUUGGAUCUUUUAGCCAACAUUUCUGAUACUCAGACCAAUUUGAAGAUGUCUUCGAAUAAUAUGAAUUACAAGAAGGAUUUCGACAUCACUUCCAACCGAAACCAUUCAGUAUUGAAGACUGAGUCCAACGACAACUUCGCGCCACUUUAUCUCAACUCAGAUCUGAACCGUUGUCUCCCAGAGAGUCCUUCAUUUGCCAAUUAUUUGCCAACGAAUUACUCGCCGGGAGUUAUGCCAAGCCUUCAUCCGGUGCUCUUCUCCGCGGCCGCAGCUUCUGUUGGUUUACCCACUCAUUACUUGUCGACCGCGAUCUCCAGUUACCCCGAAGUCGCGAAUGCAAUACUCAGAUCACAAAUGAAUAAAACCGUCGCAAAAGAGCUUGAAUUAAAUCGAGACAAGUAUUCAAACAAUUAUAACAACAAUAAGAAACUCGAUUUAACCAAAUUGUCGGACAAAAGCCUUUUAGAGAAUUAUGACUUGAAUUCUGUGAAAAAGAUAUUACAAAUCGUGGACUCGACGGUCGAUACGAAGUCUCGUCCGGAAUCCAUGAAUGGCUCGUAUGGAGAGAUGCGUUCACCAAACCCUUCGCCGCUGACAUUAUCGAUGUCAUCACUACCUCUGCCACAAAUCACACCAAUCGAUUCGCCCGACGAUCUGAAAAAAUCGUUAUCCAAUUCUCUCAUGUAUUUGAGAUGUCGUUAUUGUAAUGAAUAUUUUGAAAAUAAAAUAGAUUUAUAUCAACACGAGAGUCAUGUUUGCAAGAGUCGUGUCUCUCUAAACGAUAAAUCGUUGAAUGAGUUCAACAAAGAUAUUAAUUGUAAUAACAUUUCAAAUACAAUCAAUUCGAGUGCCGCUGAAAGCGAUGACGAAUCCCAACGCGACUCCUCUUCGCUCGAAGAGGAAGUCAUGACAACUGACGGCAAGAAAGUUAGGGUUCGCUCCGUUCUCGGAGAGCAGACACUCCGAGUGCUGCGAACACAAUACGAGGCCAAUCCCAGGCCUAAGAAGCACGACAUCCUUAGGUUGGCUCAAGAAGUCAAUUACUCGCCGCGUGUCGUUCAGGUGUGGUUCCAGAAUAUGAGAGCCCGCGAUAGACGACUCGGGAAACCGAUUACAGCCUCUCAUAUGUCAAGUGAACUCAAUUCAAACGAUUUCAAAGCUCAGAGAGUUAUGACAUCUUUCUCGCCAUCACUCCAUUCGACACACCAUUCCAUAGCCAACCCAUUGAUGCCGAUAUCCAUUCCUCACUAUAAGCCGGCCUCCAAUAAAUCCGAUAGUAUGUCGUUCUCCCCAACCAUCACAUCAUUCGCUCCAGACAUCAAUGACAUCAAUGGUUUGUCACAUUAUGGACAACGCAUUCACAAUAACGCCGUUUAUUAUCUCAAUUCUAACGAACUCUCUAUGAAUUCUUCAAUGAAAUCCAAUUUGAAUAAGUCGUUCAGCAGUCGCUCCGACAGUCUUACGGACGAGCCGUUAGACCUAUCCGUCAGAAGUAAAUCAAUGGCUGAAGAUUUUGCUGCAAAUUCAGAAUCUGAAGAGAAAUACCACUCAAUAGAAGUGUUGAAUUUGAGCCAAAAGUCGAGUAGAAGUCACGACACGUCCGACGAUGAGAUGCCAAAUAACGUGUCGUUAACUCUCAUUCAACAACACCAACAAAAAGAGUUACAAGAGUUGGAACAGACAUCGAUUGUUCGCUCGAUGCUUAAGAGUAAAUGUCAUUCGCAAGAGUUGGACAUGAAUUUGAUGAACGGAACUGCUAUGCAAUCAACCGACCGAAUGACCCGAACCUCACCGACCGUUUCGCACGACUCUAAAGAGACCCCCACUUCGAGACAGUCAUUCAAACGCUCCCACUCUGACUGUGAAGACAUCGAAUCUCAAAGUGAUUGCAAUAAUCCAAGUGAUGACUACAUGUCCACCAAUUCUAUUACAAGAAGUAAACACACGAUUACUUCGCCCUCAAAGUUAUGGAAAGGAACGACUGAUAAUGUGAUCAAUAGUGACGAUCAAAGUCCACCACCGGAUGCUAAUUCACAAGCGGAUGGUAUGGGACUCUUUACCUGUGAUCAGUGCGAUAAGACUUUCAGCAAACAGAGCUCUCUGGCCAGACAUAAGUACGAGCACUCGGGUCAAAGGCCACACAAAUGUGAUGUUUGCAACAAAGCAUUCAAACACAAACACCAUUUGACUGAACAUAAGAGACUUCAUAGCGGAGAAAAGCCAUUUCAAUGCAAGAAGUGUCUGAAGAGGUUCUCGCAUUCGGGAUCGUAUUCACAGCAUAUGAAUCAUAGGUAUUCAUACUGUAAGCCAUACAGAGAUUGAGUGAAGAAUCCGCCCGAAAACACCUGAAGACAACUGUUCACAUGAAAGUCAAUUUCGGAAACAAUACGUCCAAUAAGUUUAAGCCAAACACUUUUUAUUUGCAAAAGUCGUUCAUUAUAUGCAUCAUUGAAAUUGGUUUGCAUUGAUUUUUCUGACGCCAAUCUCUGCAAAACGCAUAUUUCAUUCAUCGCUUCAUUAAGUAUUUCAUCGAAACAAAAAAGUUAUUGUCUAUUCAUAUAUAAUAUAAAAAUAAUGGCCAAAAACAAUGUCGCAAAUCUCUUGAUGUUAUUUACUCUAUUGUUAUAACAGUUUAGUGCAAACCAUAGAUUUAGGUUUCAAAUCAACGAUAAGUAUUUCU